AUGCGGCAGUGGGCUUCGUCUGAGGGCUAUGAUAUCUGCGGGACUACAAGCUACGAGAGUGACCGACCAGGCAUGUCAAACUACGGUAGCCCUGUCGAACAUAGCCGUACAACCGAGAGCGAACAUUGCUCGAAAGUCAUUCAGGGUCAAGCCGAGAUUAUGCGAGCAAAUAUACACGUCACGCAUCUUUGGUUGCAGAGCUUGCUGCUCGAAAAGGUCGAGGCUGCAGUACAAGACAGCGCACUUGGAAAUUCCUCGGCAGCAGCAUGUGAAGAGGUUUCCGUUGCUCUCAAGGCGAACUGGGCCGAGCGGGAAGACAUUUGCCGUCAGAUGCUUCAUUUGUUGCAUAGCAUUCCAUACACAUACCUGGAGCCUAACGGACUGUAUCUGGCGUAUAAGGUCCGCGACGUAGCUGUCACUCUCCUCAACUGCCCCUUCGAGGCCCAUGAACGACCUGCUCGCCGCGCGGUAGAGUAUAUGCGUGACUUCACGCGGGCCCUGUCACGGCUUGAUCGAAGUGAGACAGUCAAUACCAACAGCUUGAAGAGCUGGGUGGAUGUGGACCGUGAACCGGCAGCCUGA